UACACAUGCUAUGCUACCUGUCAACUCAUAAAUUCCUCUGAUGUAAGUUCCCCCCUUACCCCAUAGUAGCCCCGCUUCGCCUUUUAGCUGGUAGCUGAUUGUACAGGCUUUAUCUCCGUCCUGUUUCAUACAUUAGAGCAAUCCGUAAACGGCACCUUGGCCGAUAUGCCGACUCUCAACGUCCAGACGAACGUUCCUGGCGAUAAUGUUGUGAUCAGCGAUGUCCUGAAGGAUUUGAGUAAAGUCGUGGCCAGAGUUAUUGGCAAGCCAGAAGCAUACGUGAUGAUCUCUGUGAAAACGUCGAUUCCAAUGUGCUUUGCUGGGACGGAAGCUCCUGCAGCCUACGCCGAGCUUAUUUCAAUCGGUGGGCUGGGUCCCGACACGAAUAAGAAGCUUAGCGCUGCCAUUUCUGAGAUUCUGGAGACCAAAUUAACUGUUCCACCCAACCGGUGUUACAUAAAGUUUUAUGACGUGAAGGUCUCGGAUAGAGGGCAUUUAUCAGAAUCAGAUUUUGGUUGGAAUGGCUCCACCUUCUGAGGUUAUUUCAUUGUGUGCUUCAAUUGGCUUUGUGUACUCCACCUUGCUGCUUGCUUGUGUGAUUACCCAUGUUUGCAAUGAAAAUGUUU